GACUCCUACAGACUUCUUUUUUAAAUCAGUUUUGACAGGUUCUUGUAGAUGACUAGUGCGCCUCUGGUUUGGCUGAAUCAAAACCCACUACAAGUCUAGAAACCUGGACUUAAUCAUUAUAUUACACAAAAACCCUUUCUUUUCUUCUUGUCCGAACUUCUUCUGCUUUGCUAGACCCAUUCAAACAGCCAUGGAAUCCAUUAAUGUUCUCAAAGGAUAUGGCAAAGUAAACUCCAAUCUUGAAAAUCAAAACCCUAACCACCAUCAUACCCAUACCAGAACCAUCAGAAAAACCCUACUCAGCAUCUCGGCCAUUCUUCUCUUAACCCUAGUCCUUUCUCUAAUGCUUGCAGCUUUAAUCCAUGAGUCCAACACCGAGUCUGACGAUUCCCCAUCUCUUUCCUCUUCCAACUCCGCCGACUCGAUUAAAACUGUCUGUAACGUGACUCGUUAUCCAGUUUCUUGCUUCACCAGCAUAUCCUCUCUUAAUGCCUCGAUAAAACCUGAUCCACAAGCCAUCUUCAAUCUCUCUCUUCAAGUCUCCAUUAAAGAAGUCAAAAAUGUCUCUUCGCUAUUGAGAUCCCUUAACGACGUUAACUCUCAGGCUGCUAUAAACGACUGUUUGAGUCAGUUUGACGAAUCGAUGAGUCUACUCAACGAUUCGAUGUCGGCAAUGGAGGUUGGCACAGGGGAAAAGGCGUUGACUUUGAAGAAGAUCAGUGAUAUUCAGACAUGGAUCAGUGCUGCCAUGACUAACCAACAGACUUGCUUGGAUGGUUUGGAGGAGAUGGGAUCAACGGUUCUUGAUGAGGUCAAAGUCAAAAUGGAGAAUUCGAAGGAAUUCUUAAGCAAUAACUUAGCUAUUCUUGCUAAUAUGCAGAAUCUUCUUGAAAAGUUUGAUCUCAAAAUGCAUUGAUUCUUUUUUCCUCUUCUGUUGGUGUUAAAAUUUGUAAUUUUUUUUACCAUAGUUCUGUACUGUGCAUUUGUAAAAGAUGUCAUAUGUGUAAAUAAAUUUUUGUUGUUGGAGUUCCUUAAUAGUCUCAAAGUUGCAACGUAAGCCCUAUUGAUGUAAUAAGAAAUUGAAUUUGAUGUAAUUUUGAUUUCUGGGUUUGGUGGUGGUUGUUGAUUAACACAGCGGAAUGGAAAUAAAUGAUUGUAAUUUUGUUGUGUGC